UUUUUUUUCUCUCUCCUUCCAGGGCAUCCGGCGAACCGGAAGUGACCCGGAGGCAGAGACGAGAAGGUGGAGCGGUGACCUCACGCCGGUUUGACCUUCCUCAGCAGAAGCAGGAGCAGGAGAAGAAGCAGACCCAUCACCAUUACCACCAUCAUCACUCUCACUAUCACUGCCAAAGUCGAAGUCAAGAGAAUCGAUGCCAUGGAUUUGUAGAGGCUGCAAUUCAACAUGAUUUUCAGUAACAAAAUGACGCUAAUCUUGGUGGUGUGGCAGCUGGCGAGCCUCGUUCGUUCAGAGCACGAUAUUUCAGCCACCCCGGAAAGGAGUCGACGUGCGCAGCUCAAGAUACGGAUGCUGGAGCGUCUGGCCGAGCGAGGUCUGGAGGCGGCGGAGCGGGAGUUGGCCGCCGAGGAGCUGCUGGCCCGCCUGGACGCGCACACCACGACGGAGUUCCCGCACUUCCGCUUCCACCGCUACCCCAUCCCGCAGCCGCUCGAGCGCCGCUCCUCCCUCUCGCCGCAGCUGGAGGAGGCCGCCAUGCGCCUCGCCCUGGACCCGACGGAGGCCGAAGUCCCUCCUCCGUUCGUGCCCGUCUUCCCAAGCGACGACGAGGAGGCCGACGAGGCCAAGGUCGAGGCCGCGGAGGAGGCGAGGGACCUGGAGCGAGUGCGCUUGUACCUCCAGGGCGAAGUGGCGCACGGCCGCCAGGAGCUGGCGAGUGCCGGCCUGCUGAAGGCGAUGCCUGACGCCACGCGACAGCGCCGCUUUCAGCGAAGCCAUCGGAGGGAGGGGAGGAAGAAGAAGCGCGACAGCAAGAAGAAGAAGAGAGAAGAUAAGAAAAAGCGGAACAGAAAGCGAGACCGCGAGUACAAGAGACUCAUGGAGAGAGAGGACGUCCUCAUCACGACGGAGGACGGCGAGCAGUUCUACGACUGUUGUCCGUCCAAGGUGGUCGUGAAGGAGAUCAAGGUGGGCAAGGCGCGAGACAACUACGCCAUGGACAUCUCCGCGUCGCACCAGCUGUUCUACGAGCGCGUGUGCCUGGAGGGCUACGAGGGGAAGGAGUGCGUGUUCCCGCCCCGCACCCUCAGGCGCGACGUCACCACCCGCUGCCACCAGCAGUACUCGUAUACGCAGGCCAUCGCCCGGCCCUACGAGAGCGACGGCGAAUACAUGCAGGACUACAUCAAGAUCCGCUCAGGGUGCUCGUGUCAGAUCAGCGUCACGCAGAAGAAGAAGAAAAGGAAGAGGAAGAGAUGAGGGUCACUCGGCGCGGGUGAAAGCACUUGCUUGGCCCCACUAGAAGCCCCCGCCAGAGUCCCAGUGCUGUCGCUCCAGUGCCCCAACAUGUCGGCCUGGCCGUAGACUAUUUCCAAUAGAUAUUUGUUCCGCGCGCCGUCUUUUGGGGGGAAUAGACGAACACUUUGAUCUUUCAAGAGACGUGGUUAUACAAGCAAAAGAUAUCAAAUGGUAGUGUUGGUAAAAACUACAAAAGAGACAUACCUUCAUAUACAACAAGUAUUUCAUUGGUCUGCAUUAUAAAAUAAUAAUAUAUGGACUGUAUAUGGUUCUCGCAGCUGCGGUUACAUGGCAGCAACUGUAGCUGCAGACGAACCUUUUUGUAGGAUUUGGCAGGAGUAGGAGUGUUUGUGUCAGUAACAUCCUUCGAGGAGGGAAAGAUGCCCUCUCCCUGAAGGCGCUCCUUGUGAUUAGACGGGGGCCGAAGGAUUUUGCUCUUGAGAGAGAGAGAGAGAGAGAGAGAGAGAGAGAGAGAGAGAGAGAGAGAGAGAGAGAGAGAGAGAGAGAGAGAGAGAGAGAGAGAGAGAGAGAAAGGGAGAGCAGACGAGGAAGAGGAGGAGAAGGACGAGGAGGACGAGGAGGAGGAGGAGAAAGAGAAGGGGAUACACAAAAGAGUCGUAGAAGGAGGAGCAAAUAUUCACACAUAGAGAUAAAGGAGGUACAGAGAGAGAGAGAGAGAGAGAGAGAGAGAGAGAGAGAGAGAGAGAGAGAGAGAGAGAGAGAGAGAGAGAGAGAGAGAGAGAGAGAGAGAGGUGGCGGGGAGGAAAGAGAGACCAGAAGGAAUAAGCAGGAGGCCUGAAGAGUGCGAAGAGGCUGGUGAGACUAGGUCCCUCUCUCCCUGCACCCCCUCCCCCCCUGCUCCCUCCUCCCAUUUCCUCCCUCUACCACCCCCACCCCCCCAGUCGCUGCACAAUCAUUACCUCAGUGCUCACGUCAGCGCCGUGAUGUACAACACCCCUACCCCUCACCCCCUUCCCCACCCCCGACGUGCCGGGUUCGCCCCGGUGAAAUUAGGAAUCAACAAUUGCUAACAUACUUAUUAUAUUAUUAUUAUUGUAAUAAUUAUUAUCAUUAUUUAAUCUCUCGCUCUCACUUCUGCUCGCAAUGAAAGAAAGAAAAGAAUAAGUAAAGCUAAAAAAAAAAAAAAAAAUAGAAAGAAAAAAUCAAUGUAUUAUACUUAUUCUCUCUCGAAUCUCAGAAAGAUCUAAUGUAUUUAUUUUGAUUCGAUUCAUUUCUUUUCGUUUCUUUCUUUUCUUUUCUUAGUCUCUUUUUUUUUCUUUUUCCUUCCUCUCAUGUUAACUGAUUGAUGUGUAAAUAUCAUUGGUAUGUAUAUUUUGAGUUUGACAUGACAGAAUGUUUCUUGUCUCUUAUAUUAUGUAAGAUAAAAAGUAUAUUUUUCUUUACUUUUUUGUGUACGAAAUGUGAAACGAUCGACACUUUUCUCUUAUUUUCUUUUUUUCUCUUUCUCCAACUUUCUCUGAUCAUAUUUAUUUUAUUUUAUUUUUUUGUACAUUUUCCUAUCCCCUGUUUUUUUCUUUUUCCCUCUCUUCACCCUUUUCUUCACCCUUUUCUUCAAGGUGGGUGCUGACUUGCAACUCGCACUGGUCACCACUCUUCGUAGGUUCAAAGGAAUAUCUUGUAAAUAUUCAAAUGCACAUAGGCACCCUCAUACAUUGUGUUAGGCUUACUGCGGCAAAAAAGAUUUAGCUGUGUGUAAUCAUUGUAUUGGCCUAAAUAUUUUGCAAUUGCACGAAUGUCAGAAAGCACUUUCAAACACAAAUUUAGACACCCACACACGCAUACGCACACGCACACGCACACACACAC